GCCAAGUAAAAUCUACUGUUCUUCUAGGAUGCGACUAUCUGCGCUGCUGAAUCUAUGAACGGCAGAAGGCGUCACUAUGUGGGGGAGCUUGUGCAAGGCGCCGCUGCUAAGGUUAAGACCGACAUUUGCAGCAGUUUCAAAUGUAAAGACAAUCCAUAUCAAAGCCAGCCCGGAUUAUAAUGAGGGGAGUGACAAAUCCAAACCCCUGAAGUUCUCCACCAGCAAAGCCAGCCACCGCCAUUGGACUGUAGCUAAAUCAUUAGGAAGUAAUCAACAGAGACCUUGGUGGAAAGUGGUUCCUUUAAGUGUGUUUUUAACAACAGUUUUACUUUGGGCCAUCUUCAGGAAAGAGACAGACAUUGACGAAGCGAUUUAUAAACCUAUUGAACAGCUCCAAGAUGAAAGUGAAAAUAAAUGAAAAGGAUAGAGUGGGACUGUGUAAAUACAAAUUCUAACAAAUUAUUACCUUAAUUUAUACAUUGUGGUUCCUUGAUUAUAGCCCUUACUUGGGGCAAAGCACUUUUGUUUUUACAUGCUGCCAAUGUAUUUAUUCAGAUUAUCAUUCUAAGUGAAAACGCACGGAACUACUUAGUAGCAGCUAUUUGUCAUGGCUACUAAAUGCAAGAAAAAACCUUCCAUAGACAGUACUGAGAUCUGCCGCUGCUAAAGCACACGUAGAGUCACAUAGCCAUGACAAGUAACACCAUGUCUUCACCUUUACAAGUAUAUAACAGUAUGGUUUCUGGAAACCAAUAUCCAGAAAGCUCCAAAUUGGGGGAAGGCCGUCUUUCAUUGAGUCCAAUGUAAGCAAAUUUAAUUUUGUUUACAUUUUCUCUUCCACAGGGCAGGCAUGGGAUCAGUUAUCUGGAAACUGGUUAUCUAGAAAGUUCUGAAUUAUGGAAAGGCUAUCUCCCAUAGAUUAUAAACAAAUGGUUCUAAUUUUAAAUGCUUUCCUUUUUUUCUGUAAUAAAACAGUACCUUGUACUUUA